AUGAACCCUGCGCAAUUCAAGUCUAUGCCCAUUUCAGAUAUGAUUGGUUGGAACAAUGAUCAGAGAUUGGUAGAGACAGCUACCAACCAAACCGCGAGCUUGCCACGUCGCGAUGGCCAUGGUGAUGCCAGCGGUGGGGGCACGAAGAUUUCAAAGGAGAUGACACUUCUCCCUGAGGAUUUCAAGCCUGGUGAGCAUGAUGUCAUCUGUGGUAGGGGCAGGAACAUUUGGAACUCAAUUGGAAACAUCCGGUUCAGGCACCUUGUGGAGAGCAGGGUGGAGGAGUACAAAAAGGCAAGGACCAAGCUAGACAAGAGCACCAUUUUGUCUACUAUCGUUGCAGAGGUUCGAACUCGUUCCCCGAUCGGAGGCUUCAUCCGCAAGGACCCCAAGACAGGCCGUUGGUCAGAGGUGGGAGAUUUCUUGGCAAGAGAAAAGGUAUCCCAAUCAUUCCGGGAUGUCCUCAGUGACUCGUAUCGAAGCAGCAACAAAACAAAGAGACAAAGGCGAAUUGAAGAACAAGCAAGGUCUGCUGAAAUCAAUUCCGAAAUGCAACGAAUUGCAAUGGAGCAGUUGCGAAGUGGUCAAACCGACAAAAGCCUCUAUGAGAUUAUCUGCCAGCAACAGUCUAUGCUCGACCAAACAAAGCCAGAAAAGAAAGACACCAGCAGCCCCAGCAAUGAGCUUCGCGAGGAUGUCCAGCGCAAGGGUAUCUUGCAACUAUCGGAGGCAAAUCUUUCCCACACCUCCACCAUGGCACCCGUUGCGACAGCCCCAGUCGGUAGGAUCUCCAUAAGCCCUUUCCCCGUGUCACUGAACAGCUUCCAGGAUGUUGAUACCGACCGGACCACCUACGACAACUCCUUUGCCGACUACAUGCAGCGGGCAUUCGAUGUGGGCAACAGCUUUGACGUCACAAAUAGCGCACUAGACUCAGGAACGACACAUUCAAUGCUUCCUUUCAAUGAUCUCCAACAAGCAUUCCAAGACACACCUAACGUGGGUAUUCUGAACUCUACAAGCAGCACACAACAGAGCAACAUGGGAGAUCAAAACUUAACACUUCGUUUGGCCGCUGUCCUUGGCUUCAACGAAAAUGCAGUGAGGGACGACGAUCCUUUUGAACCCGUACCAUUGCCACCUGAUGUUCUUGCAGGUGAUAUUGACAAUCUCUUCGCCUAA